GAGUUCCAUCAGCAGAACCAACAGCAGAAGAAGUUCCUUCAGCAGUACCAACGGCAAGAGUUCCAUCAGCAUCACCAACUGCAGGAGUUCCUUCAGCACUGUACGAACAGUAGAAGUUCCUUUAGCAGUACCAACUGCAGAAGAAUUUCCAUCAUCAGCACCAACUGUGUUCCUUCACCAUUACCAACACCAGGACAACAGCAGGAGUUCCAUCAGCAGAACCAACAGCAGAAGGAGUUCCAUCAGUACCAACAGCAGGUGGAGUUCCAUCAGUGGCACCAACAUCAGCAGCACCAACUGCAGAAGUAG